AUGGAAUCCAAGCUACUUCAGUCUAAGGAUAACAAGCGUAAGCGAACCUUGCCAACACCUUCUAUUGUCACAAGAAGCUCUUCACGAAAACUUUCGAAUUCGGCUUCUGAUACUAGCAAAUCUUCAGAUGAACAUAGACCACUUCCUCGCAUCAAGCUUGUUAUUUCUAAACCCAAAAAGCAACAAUCGCCAAAGUCUAUUCGGAUGACACGGUCACACACUCAAGCACAAAGUAAGUCUUUAAAACCCACCUCUGUGGAGGACAAAAACAAAACCCUUUCUGGUGGUGACAGUGAAACAAAAUCCAUUUCUCCGUCUUCAGAGAAGCCUUUUGCUUUAUCCUCAGACACUUUGUGCUCUAAAGAAAGUCCUAACAAGAGCAUUUCUUUUGCCACGACAGUAACCCAAUUUGAUGAGGAUGAAUCUAUGCUUUAUAGCGAUCAUGAAAACCAAAGCGACAUUGAAGAUCUCUCAGAUUUUGAUGAUGAUGACUUGGAUAUAGAAGCACAGUCUCCAAACAAACGUCCUAAAAUCGAGCAUCUCUCCUUCAUGCCCAUGGAGACUAGCAAAGAUUUUUAUCAGCUGACACAUUCAUCAGACCAUCAGGAAGAUGGAAUCGAUAAUGACGACUCUACUUCUUUGGACGGAGAAGCAGAGGAGGAGGAGGAAGAUAUGCCUCAUUUCCAUUACGAAUCUCGUUAUAACGCCACCAAAGCUGAGGAAGAAGAAGAUCCAUAUUUUGUCAGUGAUUUUGAAGAUGACGAUAAACCAGCACCUAUUUUAUUAACGAAGGCUUUGCCACAGCCAAAAACUUCUAAGCCUCAGCAAGAAAUGACUGGUGGCGACCUUUCACAACUUUCGAGGAACCCAUCACCAUCACCUCUGGAUUAUUAUAGUUUUUCGGAUUCUGUCGAAAGCUCUGUUUCCUCUCCCAGAGACUUUGACGAUUUAAUGUCUCUUGGAGAGCCUCUUGAUUUUGUCACUGGCGAAGAUGAGCUGGAUUCAAAUUUGCCUUCCCUGACACCAUUCAAUAUUUUAAAUCAAGAACUGCAAAACAUAAAAACUCCCAAUCCAUUAGACCUUCAUCACAGCCAGGAGCUUUCAAAAUGUCUAAUGAAAACUCCCCACUCUUUAAACACCACUUCUGAGUCUCAGGAACCUGUGUCUGGAGCAGAUGAAAUUGCACUACGUUGGUCUCAGGCUUCUCAGCGUGAACGUUCAAAUUCCUUUUCGACUUUGAUUAACAGACAAUCUUUUAAACGCUUUGCUCGUGUUCUUGCAAAGCGUCCCCACUUGGCUGCUACUCUCAAUGACACUCUUAGCAUUUCCUCUGUUGAUGAAGAGACCCCCAAGGACAUUGAAGCCUCUUUGGACCAGUUUUUUGACCUUGUUGAUGAAAGCAUGGUCCAAUCAUCAUCAACCACCUCAGGUCAAAAGCGCAACUCAGAAUCCUCUGAAAACUCUUCUACUUGGACCACAGAGCAAUACAAUAAGGUUCCUCUUUGUGGCUAUAGAAACCGUAAUCAUACAAUCAAGGUUCCUGGCGGAGCUCAUCUUAACGCAAAGAAAAUUCUUGCUGCAUUGGCGUCUAUUUCUUCUGAUAAUGAAAAGCUUGUUGCUUCUUUCCCUGAUAGCAAUCCCUUGCUGCCUGCCUCUACUAAUAACACUACUUCUACAUCUUCUACCACCAUCAACAGUUCUACUUUGCCAGUAGAACCCUCGCUUUCUACACCUGAGUUUUACAACGAUAUUUACCCGCCGUCUGUUAACUCACAACCAUUAACUCACAACCAUUCAACCAUUAACGAUGUUAUGACACCAAUUUCUUUUGAUAAUAAUACUACUACUAAUAAUGUUCAACAGCCUUUGGACAUGCAAAAAUUGGAUUCUUCCAACAACUCCUUAAUCUCACCAGCAUCAUCUGAUAGUGCUAUCGAGUUUUCAGCUGAGAUUACAAAAUCUGCUCUCGAAUACUACCAGCAGGCCGUUGUUGCUGCUACUGGUCUUAAUCUUCGAAGUCUUUAUUCUGGCAAGGCCAGAGAGACUAUUACUGGAGAAGCACCAGUCUCUUCAGUUUUCUGA